AAUCUCUAUACCCAAUGUGGAGAUCAAACUUACAACCCCAAGAAUAAGAAUCUCAUUCUCUACUGACUGAGCCAGCCAGGCAUCCCUGUUAUCUUCAUUUUAUUAAUGAGGAAAUUUUGACAGAGAAGUAAUUACACAAAAUUUCACAUCUGGUAAAUGGGAAGAGUCAGGAUUUAAACCCUGGCAGUCUAUCUCUACAAAGUUUAAGUUGAUCAUGUCUAUGUUAUUUCUCAUUGAAAAAAUUUUGAUUAUACAAAAGGUUGAAAAGAAAGUAAAUUCCAUUGACCUUUCCCCAUUCCCAUUUCCCAGGAGUAACCAUUGUAAUAGUUUCUUGUGUAUCCUUCCAUAUCCUAUUUGCAUAUACGAAGCAGAGGUGUAUGACUGUUAAAAACACACAUACAUAUGGAGUUAUAGUGAACAAGCAUAAACUAUGCAAAAGAUCAAGUAAAACUACUCUUUAAUGCUCUGAGAGGUACUACAAAGCCAGAGAAUGUGGUAAUUAAAAAAAAAAUCUGAGUUACUCUAUGCAUACCUUCUGUGAUUUUGUGGUUUCUGCCUGUUGGAAAUUGUCCACAUUGAAAGUAAACAUUGAUUGUGAUUUCUUUCAGGACAUUGCUAGUAUUACUGGCUCUCAUAAAACAGAGCAGCGGAAUGCUGAUCUUACAGGAGAUGAGACUUCACGUCUUUUUGUAAAGAAAACAAUAGUAGUGGGCAAUGUGUCCAAGUACAUACCUCCUGAUAAGAGAGAAGAAAAUGACCAGUCAACCCACAAGUGGAUGGUAUAUGUCCGAGGGUCUCGUAGAGAACCCAGCAUUAAUCAUUUUGUCAAGAAAGUUUGGUUCUUUCUUCAUCCCAGCUAUAAACCAAAUGACCUUGUGGAAGUUAGAGAGCCUCCUUUUCACCUCACCAGAAGAGGCUGGGGCGAGUUUCCUGUUAGAGUUCAAGUUCACUUUAAAGACAGCCAGAACAAACGGAUAGAUAUCAUACAUAAUCUGAAGCUGGAUAGAACUUACACUGGCCUGCAGACUCUUGGAGCAGAGACGGUAGGUUUUUCCUGCAGUAUUAUUUGGGAAUAAGUAGAAUGAAAAUUGAUCUUCAUUUUUAACUGGAAAAAAACGAGUGCUGAAUUUUUUAAAGAGUUUUUCUUCUCCCUUUUUAAAUAAAAAAAAAUGAUUAAAAUGCACAUAAAGUAUCAUUUUAACAAUGUUUAAUUGUACAGUUAAGAGGUAUUAAAUAUACUCACAUUUUUGUGCAUGUAUUGCUAUCAUGCAUCUCCAGAACUCUUUUCCUCUUGGAAAACUGAAACUAUCCCCAUUUACAGUAACCAUUCCCCUUUCCUUUCAACCCCUGGCAAACACCCUUCUACUUUGGGUCUCUGUGAAGUUUUGACUACUCUAGGCAUCAUAUAAGUGGAAUUAUGCAGUCUUCUUUUUUUUUUUUUUUUUUUUGAUUGGCACAUUUUACUUAGCGAAAUGUUCUCAAGGUUCAUCUGUGUUGUGGCGUGCAUCACAAUUUUCUUCCUAAAAAAGGCUGAAUAAUAUUCCAUUGUAUGUAUAUACGUUUUGUUUAUCCAGUGAUCUGUUAAUGAACACUUGAGUUGCUUACAUCUUUUGGUUAUUUGAAUAAUCCUGCUAAGAACAUGGGUGUAUAGAUAUCUGUUUGAGUCUAUGCUUUCAGUUCUUUUGGGUACAUACCCAAGACAGUGGAAUUGCUAGAUCAUAUGGUAGCUCUAUUUUUUUUUUUUUUUGAAGAUUUUAUUUUUUAAAGAAAUCUCUAUACCUAGCAUGGGGCUUGAACCUACAGUCCCAAGAUAAGUAGCUGUACACUCCACUGACUAAGCCAGCCAGGUGCCGCAUGGUAGCUCUAUUUUUAAUUAUUGAGGGACAGCCACAGUCUUUCUAUAGCAGCUGUACCAUUUUACAUUCCCACAAACAGUGCACAAUGGUUCCAGUUUCUCCACCUGUUUUCCAGCACUUAUUUUCUAUUAUUUUGAUAGUGGCCAAACUAAUGAGUGUGAGGUGGUAUUUCAUUGUGGUUUUGAUUUGCAUUUUCCUAAUGAUUAUUGAUGUUGAGUAUCUUUUCAUGUGUUUAUUGGCUGCUUGUAUAUGUUCUCUGGAGAAAUGUCUAGUCAGAUCCUUUGCUUAUUUUUGAAUCAGGUGUUUGGUUUUUCGUUUUUGAGUUUUAGGAGUUCUCUCUGUAUUCUUGAUAUUAAUCUCUCAUCAGAUCAUUCUGUGUAUUAUUACCUAUUCACUCUGUUGAUCGUGUCCUUUGAUGCACAGAAGUUUUUAAUUUUGAUGCAGUCCAGUGAUUCUCUUUUUUCUUUUGUUGCCUGUGCUUUUUAUAUCAUAUCCAAGAAGUCAUUGCCAAAUCCAGUGUCAUGAAGCUUUGCCCUUAUAUUUUCUUCUAAGUGUUUUACUGUUUUGGGUCUUCUGUUUGGGUCUUUGAUCCAUUUUGAGUUAAUUUUUGUAUAUGGUGUGAGGUAAAGGUCUUCUUUCAUUCUAAUGCGUGUGGAUAUCCAGUUUUCCCAGAACUAUUUGUUGAAAAGACUGUCCUUUUCCCAGUGGUCUUGGCAUUCUUGUCAAAAAUAAUUUGGCCAUACAUAUGAGGUGGCAUUUUAUUCCAGUGGUCUAUGUGUCUUCUCGAUCCUAGUACCACAUGGUUUUGAUUACUAUAGUUUUGUAAUAAUAAGUUUUAAAGUCUGGAAAUGAGACCUCCAACUUGGUUCUUCUUCCCCAUGCCCUUCCUUCCACUUGUUUUGUUGUUGGUAGUGUUCAUGCUAUAUCAGCAGUAGCCAUUAUAGUUAGAAUUAGCCAAUUAAACCUUAUUCUGUUUAGGGAAAUGUGCUCUGUUGUAUCAAAAGGUACUUA